UACACUUUAUUUUCUUAUAAAUACCUUCAACCACCUUAACACAACUAAUUAAACUAAAACUAACCAUCUUUUCCUUAGCUUGUUCUCCAUACUCUCUCCCUCUCUAAUCAUUUGUGAUCCUUCACAACAUCAUAUCAAUCAAAUUAGAAAUAUGUCGUCGACAACAAUGAAGACGACAAUCAAGGCAUUUGUUGUGGUAGCGAUCACAAUGACUAUGACCCUUAUUGCUCUAAGUUCCUUUAGUAACAACAAUUUGCAACAAGAGCACCACGUCGAUGAAGAACAAGGCAACAACAACAACAACAACAACAACAACAACAACAACAACAACAACAACAACGCGGGGUUUCUCCCUUCUAAGAGGGUUAGCCGGUUCCUAGUUGAAAGUGACUACAACCGUCAUGGAAGAAGCUUAAAGCCCGCGGAUCAUUGUCACAAGGACUAUGAGGUUUGCGACGUUAUGUAUGGUAAGAACUUCACAUGUUGUGGCAACAAGUGUUUUGAUCUCACCAUUGAUCAGAAAAAUUGUGGAGCUUGUCAUAACAAGUGCAAGUUUACUCAUGAAUGUUGCGACGGAAAGUGCGUAGACAAAACCUAUGAUAAAAGACAUUGUGGGAGGUGUAACAACAAGUGUAUGGCAGGACAAUUAUGUGUUUAUGGGAUGUGUGAUUAUGCUUAGUUAAUCAUAUUAUACAUAUUAGUUCAUUAUUCGAUAAUACGUAUUUAAUUAUUUUGUUAGACGGAUAUUUUUAUCAUCCGUUGAGCUAGUACAUAAAUUGUGA